UUUUCCUCUUAAGCUGUGCUUCUUGGCAUAGUUAGAUAUGCUAUUUGAUAAAUUUAGAUCAGCUUCAGACUUGCAGCAACAGUAGAGGAGCCAACAAGAACAGGCAUCGCUAGACUGCAUCAGACUUCCCCAUUGCUCAGUCGGGUGUGCCCAGCUGAAGCAGGACUGGCACAACGGGCAAAAAUACACUAGACAAGGCAGUCGGAGGAGCGGAGAGCUGCAAUUGACAAACACACCAGCUUGCUCUCUUGCACACUGAAGAAAGAAAUCAUCGGCUUGAGGCCCGAUAUCUUGUUUUUGAUGAGCGUAUUGCCGUCUGCGGUUUGCAGCAGCCGAGAAGACGGCAGCAGUGAGCGCGGAAGAAGGAGGCUGAGGCAAGGACAGCAUCCUGACUCUCCAUCCUUUCUGUGAAGUGAUUAAUGCCACUCUGAGAGGAGGCAGAGACGGCAGUUGCUAGGAUACAAGGCAAGGUGAAGUGCCGACGUUUUAAAGGAAGGCAGAGGAGGAGCAAGGUGUGCCCGAAGCUGUUGCGAUGGUUGGCACCAGGCCUGAAGCUGUCUGAUUGAGCCCCCAAGAACAGCCGGACUGAUGGACAUCAAAGGCCAGUGUUGGACCGACGAGGAGUCCGAUGGGGAGAACGAGCCGGAGCAAUUUCUGUACGGCAUCCAGGGGAGCUGCGCUGCUGACCUCUACCGCCACCCUCAGCUCGAUGCAGAUAUCGAGGCAGUCAAAGACAUCUACACCGACAGUGCUGUCUCUGUCAGGGAGUACGGCAUUAUUGACGACGUCGACAUCGAUCUUCAUAUCAACAUCGGCUUCUUAGACGAGGAGGUUGCGACAGCUUGGAAAGUAAUCAGAACAGAGCCCAUUAUUCUGAGACUCCGCUUUUCUCUUUCUCAGUACCUCGAUGGACCCGAGCCGUCAGUCGACGUGUUCCAGCCCUCCAAUAAAGAUGGAUUCAGCCUGGGCCUGCAACUGAAAAAGAUCUUGAGCACAUUCACGUCUCAACAGUGGAAGCAUCUCAGUAAUGAGUUCCUCAAGGCCCAGCAGGAGAAACGGCACAGCUGGUUCAAAGCUGGCGGAACCAUCAAGAAGUUCCGUGCCGGGCUCAGCAUCUUCUCCCCAAUCCCCAAGUCUCCAAGUUUCCCCCUGAUCCAAGACACCGUCCUAAAAGGGAAGCUGAGUGUUCCUGAGCUGAGAGUGACCCGACUCAUGAAUCGAUCCAUCUCGUGCACCAUGAAGAACCCGAAAGGGGAGCUUUUCAGCUACCCGCCAAACAGCCAGCAGACUGUGGCUGUCCCAGCGGCCAGGGCCCCAGCGCAGAUUACCACCAGGCAGCUGAUUGAAUUGUUUUUCUCAUCCCAGGCGGGCGGCCACUGCAAGAACAUUCCUACGCUGGAGUACGGCUUCUUAGUGCAGAUCAUGAAGUACUCCGAGCAGAGGAUCCCCACGCUCAACGAGUACUGCGUGGUCUGUGACGAACAGCACGUCUUUCAGAAUGGCUCCAUGCUCAAGCCGGCCGUGUGCACGAGGGAACUGUGCGUGUUCUCCUUUUAUACUCUGGGUGUGAUGUCAGGGGCUGCAGAGGAAGUGGCCACCGGUGCAGAGGUGGUUGAUCUCCUUGUGGCGAUGUGCCGAGCUGCUCUUGAGUCUCCACGCAAGAGCAUCAUAUUUGAGCCCUACCCCUCUGUUGUGGACCCCAAUGACCCCAAGACUUUGGCCUUCAACCCAAAGAAGAAGAAUUAUGAGAGGCUGCAGAAAGCGUUGGACAGCGUCAUGUCCAUACGGGAAAUGACCCAGGGCUCGUAUUUGGAGAUCAAGAAGCAGAUGGACAAACUGGACCCUUUGGCCCAUCCCCUGUUACAGUGGAUUAUUUCCAGUAACAGGUCUCACAUUGUCAAGUUGCCUCUCAGCAGGCAACUGAAAUUCAUGCACACCUCCCACCAGUUCCUGCUGCUCAGCAGCCCUCCAGCCAAGGAGGCUCGUUUCCGCACUGCCAAAAAGCUCUAUGGCAGCACCUUCGCCUUCCAUGGUUCCCAUAUAGAGAACUGGCACUCUGUUCUGAGAAAUGGACUAGUCAAUGCCUCGUAUACCAAACUGCAGCUGCACGGGGCAGCGUACGGGAAGGGCAUCUAUCUCAGCCCCAUCUCCAGCAUAUCUUUUGGAUACUCAGGAAUGGGGAAGGGACAACACCGCAUGCCCACCAAAGACGAACUAGUGCAGCGUUACAACCGCAUGAACACCAUACCACAGAGCCGUCCGAUACAAUCAAGGUUUCUUCAGAGUCGAAAUCUGAACUGCAUUGCACUUUGUGAAGUGAUCACGUCCAAGGAUCUGCAGAAGCACGGCAACAUUUGGGUGUGUCCAGUGUCGGACCAUGUUUGUACUCGCUUCUUUUUUGUGUACGAGGACGGUCAAGUCGGGGAUGCCAACAUCAACACCCAGGAGCCCAAGGUGCAGAAGGAGAUCAUGCGUGUGAUCGGGACCUAGACCUACCAGAGUUGUUACUAGAGCUGUUCAUGUACAGUAGAUCCAUGCAUCUCUGUUGGCGGGAUGCACACAAACCGGACAUAAGACGGACAAAACGAGCGAUGAGCGAAUGUUUGGAGGCGAGCCGACCUCCGGCGAUGGAGACAGCCGAGGUGGCGCUCCAGGACAUAAACUUUAUUCCUUUACUUUGACUCACUAUCCUCUCUCUGCGGACCGUUACCCCAUGACUCCGCUUUUGACAUUUAUGGCAAAAAUCUGCAGUAAAGGGAAAAAAAUGACGACGUCACUGGCAUGACUUUCCACAGUUACAUCCUGCUUCUAAUGACAUUUCCUUUCUCCUCUAUUUCCACUCAUCAUUUCUCUCUCUGUCUAUAUAUAUAUAUCUAUAUAUAUACUAUCUAUUCCUGAUUUAUAGAACAUCGGUGAAUCCCCUCUGUUGUCUAGACAAAGACAUGAUCACACUUCUUUAUUGAAUACUGUUUGAGUAAUGGCAUCAAUUAUGCCUUUGCAAUUGUUAUCUAAAGGGCAAGUCUAGUACUAUUGUUUCGUCCUUGGUCGCUGCAAUUCAUUUGGCAGAAUUCAAUAACUGGCAUUGAACUAUCCACCAUAGGCAUUUUCAUUUGAUGCCAUUAUUGGUAGUUUGUUCUUGUUUUUUUAAAAGGUACAUAUCACAUAAGGUACAUUACAUUACAAUUACUGGAAUGCUACAAUAAAAAAAAAAAAUAAUGCAUAUAAACAUUUUUUUAAACAAAAAAAAAGAUAUCAAUAAAUAUCAUGAUAAUAAAAUAAUAAUUAUUAAAUGUGGACAAAUUCUUUUUCAAUCAAAUUAUAAAGUUAAAUAAAAAUAAUAUGAAAAUUAGUUAAAAAAAACUAUUAAUAAAAACUAAAAUAAAAAUAUUUUCUUUUAGUUUUUAUCAUUUUUAUUUAACUCUCAAUUCCUCCAUAAUUCUGAAGUUAUACACAUGAAUUCAAUUGUAAUUUUUCAUAAAUAUUACAUGGAAAUUAAUUAAGCUUAGAAGCUUACAAUUAUAUAUAUGUUUAAUUUGACAUGGCAGUUUCAAAUUAAAACAUGCCAUAUAAAUUAAUAAAAUAUAAAAAAAGGAAAUUAUAUUAAAUGGAAAAUAUUAAUGUAAUAAAUUAAUUAAUUCUCAAAACUACAUUUAUUUUAAAAAAAAUGUUGGAAGGUCUUCCCUUUGUAGGUUUGAUUUUCUUGUAGAUGACUUCAGUUACAUCAGCGGGCAUCACUUUUUGGUCAAAAUGUAAAUGAAGCAAAUGUCAAAUCCCAAAAAGGACAUUGCAUCCAUUAAAUCCACACUUGUAGGCGACUUUGUAUAGCUAAUCCGGUUUAUCAGUUACCAGCCAUGUAUUGUAUGUACAUAUAUGUGUGCUCAACAUCAUACUAGACAUUGCACUUACUCAACAUUUGCCUAAAAAUGACUGUCCUCUCCCCGUGUAAUGGAGGAAAAGGACACACUGGAGCGAAGCAGACUGUAAUUACGUGACAAUGUACAGUAUGUGCUGUAUGUCUGCACAGAGAAGGGCUUUGAUGAAAUGUUCUGCUGAGGACGGAUGAUGCCUGUUUUGGUUCUGGCUAUUUGAACGUUUCUUCUCGCAACACCAGUUUUUGGUGCGGAGACUGUCGAAAGGACUUGAAAGUCAGUGAACUGAAGGGGGUAAAACAAUAAAAUCCUGAUUUUGCACAGUUUUACAUAAACUUUCCUAUUAUUCUUGGAGUUGUUUGCCGACAUUUACCAGUUUCAGCCAGAAGAGGGCACUCAAUCAGCAUAUAAAGAGUGUAUAUGCUUUGAACAGCCUCACAUGUACAAAAAUGUACAGAACGCAUGUCUUACAUAAUUAGUCUUUAUUAACAUAAUUAAUUAUAUUGAUAUUAUUGUUAGUAAAUGUAAACUUUUUAACUAGUUAAUUAAAAGCCACUCAUACAUUUUUCAUUCUUGUGGCAAUUCUCAAAAUCCUGAAAAUAUAUUUUUGAAAAUAGUUCAAAGCACGUGACGGCGCAAUGAAAUCUAACUACCUUUUAGUCUCAAACAUUUAUGAAGAAAAAAUAAUAACUUACGUAUACAGUGUUCCCUGGCUUAUCGCGGCGGACAGGCCCCCGAAAUAGCCCGCAAUAAGUGAAAUCUGUCAAGUAACCGACUUAUUUGCAAUUAUUAGAUAUGUUUUGAGGCUGUAAAACCCGUCACAAUACACGUUAUGCACUUUUCUCAGACAGGCAUUAGCAUUUUCCCACAUUUCUCUCAUGUUUAAACACUAUCAAAGUUCAAAUUUAGUUUGAAUGUUAAUGAUCAAUCUACCAGUUUGGACACAAGAAAUUAUUAAGCGACUCACGCAUAUUAACUCCUCUGACCGUGCCUCAUCCUGGCGCCGUUUGGCUGUAGUGUUUUUGUAUCCUUGUUAAAACAUAUUGCUCCUUCUGUCGUAUUUUCCUCCUCUUUGUCCUACUCCUUGAACUGAAGACAUAGUUAUUUUCUUCUUCUUCUUCUUCUUCUAUUGUUUAUUCUCGGUUGGCAAGCAGCUCACACAGUUAGCUAGUUUGCUAGCGACUAUUGACCACAACAGGAAACGGCACAAGGGAGAUUGAUUGAAAAUGGUCUACAGCCAAUCAGGACGCACAACACAAUGGGCGUGUUCUCCCUUAGCCAAUAAGGGCUGUCGUGGCUCUAUAUUUAGCCGGCUAUUGUCUACUGUGGGUUCCUAAUAUGCUCUACAGGCACGUAAACGCAUACUGAGAGGGGGUGGAGCUGCACACGUCUUCAACUCACACAUGAGUAUACGACACCCUUUACUGGUAGCAGUAGUAAAUACAAUAACAGAUACAACAGCGCAUCGAUAGAUGGCUCUAAUACGCCACAAGGACGCAGAACACAUUGCGCAUUCAUACGCUGUUAAAAAAUGUUUUGAAAAAAUUGCACUUUAAAUGAAAUUACAUUUACUAUAAUUUAAAAGUAAAAUCUUUUUAGUGGGAAUUCAUUGAACUACUUUAAAUGUGUUUGUUGAUUAUGGUUUCAGCAAAUUUUAUGCAUUUAAAAAAAAUUAUAAUUAUGUUAUUCAUAGCAAUUUAAUUAUCGAGAUUCAUUUUUGAAAACAUUAUUUUCUUGAUUGGCUUUGGUCUUUCUGUUGUCUACUCAUGCCAGCAUGCCAGGCCCGUUCUUAACAUAUAACUCCACAAAUACUCUCAAGGCAUAAUUAUAUAAUAAGACUAAAUAAAACUAAUGCAACACCAAAUGAUUCACCCUUUUGAACAUUCACAACUGUUGUCCAAGUGUAAAAAUAUGUUAUCCAGUGAAUGGCAACAAACAGCAAAUUGUGCUCAUCCUUAACUGUGAAACUAAUUCCGUGCAUCGGGAGCACGACUGCAUCCACCCUGUAGGUUACGGCGUGUACUACCUGGGAGGUGAGUCUCUUCACUCACUUGGACCUUCCACCUCAUUUUAACUUUGUCCCCCCUCUUUUUUUUCUUUUACUGAGUGGCUCUCAACAAGGCAUCGAUGACUGCAAUUCAGUCAUCCACCACAGAGGGGAGCUCUGGUUUUAUCCUAACCUAUACUGCAGUAUUUGCUUUCUUUGCAUACUUCACAAACAUACUGACAUUUGUUGUGUGGUCAGAUAAAGAAGGAGUGAAGCAAGGGUCAGGGCAGGUGCCCAGGCCCCAGGGGGUAUAACCUCUGGACCAGGGAAGAAAUGGUGCUGCUUGAUUACUGCACAAAAGGACACAAUUAGCCGGUGUUGUUCUAAUUACUCGUACUUUUAUUGAGUUUGGCACCCUCGCAGCGGCGGGGGCACCAGAGGAGGUUGGCGGGGCCGCAGGCCUCUGAGGAGUAAAGCAUGAUUGCGCAUCAGAAUAUGAAUAAUUUGCUACCUUAGAUAAUGUAGUUAUGUUUUUUUCUAUGCAAUUAAUGCAGUGACAUGAACUAAGCGGCACAAUCAGGUGCAUUGCUGCACUUGUUGAGCAUGUGUGCUCAAUUCCCAUGAAAGCAAUCAUAGCCAAGUAUCUCAUGAUUUAAGAAGUACAUGCUUGAAAAAAAGAAUGGUUAUGGGUGAUUACGGAACACGACGGUGUGCAAGGACUUGCACGUGAGUAUACAAAACAUGCGUCGGGGCGUACAAAGCAAAACAACAGAAUUCGAUUUUCCUGCUUUACAUCAGCCCAGAGCUCCAGUAAGCCCAAACUCCCAUUCAAAACAGAAGUCGUCUCUGCCUGUGCCAGUGCUUUUUAUUACAUUUUCAGCCCGGGUGUAAUUCUUUCUGUUUGUGUGCAUGCAAGAGUGCCUCCUCCCAGUAGUCAUAUCAUGCAGAUGCUCUUUUUAUAUUUAAUACAGAGCAGUAAUUUGACUGCGAAAUGAAUGUCUAUGAGUAAACGUUUGGGGUUAAUUGCUCAGCAUGUGUUGAUCUGACUUAGUAUUCAUUAAGUUUGAACAUACGGUGGUGUGAAAAAGUGUUUGCUGCCUUCCUUAUUUCUUAUUGUUUUGUCAUCAAACAAAUGUAAAUAUUAAUGACAACACAACUGAGCACAAAACACAGUUUUGAAAUGAAACUUUUUAUUAUUAAGGGAGAAAAAACAAUCCAAGCCUACAUGGCCCUGUGUGAAAAAGUGAUUUCCCCCUAAACCUAAUAACUGGUUGGGCCACCCUUAGCAACAACAACUGCAAUCGAGCUUUUGCAAUAACUUGCAAUGAGUCUCUUAUAGCGCUUUGGAGGAAUUUUGGCCCACUCAUCUUUGCAGAAUUGUUGUCAUUCAGCCACAUUGGAUGGUUUUCCAGCAUGAAGCGCCUUUUUAAGGUCAUGCCACAGCGUCUCAAUAGGAUUCAGGUCAGGACUUUGACUAGGCCACUCCAAAGUCUUCAUUUUGUUGUUCAUCAGCCAUUCAGAGGUGGACAUGCUGGUGUGUUUUGGAUCAUUGUCCUGCUUCAGAACCCAAGUUGGUUUCAGCUUGAGGUCACAAACAGAUGGCCGGACAUUCUCCUUCAGGAUAUUUUGGUAGACAGCAGAAUUGAUGGUUCCAUUUAUCACAGCGAGUCUUCCAGGUCUUGAAGCAGCAAAACAGCCCCAGAUCAUCACACUACCACCACCACAUUUUACUGUUGGUAUGAUGUUCUUUUUCUGAAAUGCAGCGUUACUUUUACAUUUUAUUUUUUACUUAUAUUUCCUUCUACUUACCUGUAAAUCUCUGUCAGCAUAUGAAUGCUUGAAUUUCCCUCAGGAUCAAUAAAGCAUCUAUCUACUGUACAUACAAGUAAGCCUACUAAAAGUUAUGUUGAACCAUGUUAACCUUCAAAUACAAAAAUGCAAGGUGUGUCUGUUGUCAGUAAUACUCAAAAACUACACUGUUGAUUUCCCAGAUAUGUUGUUUAUUCGUAUGGUUUGAUUUACUAUAUUGUCAUAUGAACUGUUCAUGAUGUCUCUCCAUGAACCAAAUCCAAAUCACUUUUCUUAACAUUUUGGU